AUGGCAGCACGCAAACCCUCCUGGGUGAAUCUGUUUCUGGCCCUCCUAUUCUCACUUCUAUCCCUCAUCUUCGUCUUCAUCAUCAUCCUCUCCGGACUAGGCGGCCACGUCCCAGCCGAAUACCUAAAAAUCGACACAACGAACCUCGCCAUCCCAGCCAAACUCGGCACCUCAACCUUCUUACAAGACCUAUCAGCAGUCGCCAGCACCGACUACGUCGGCCAACCCGCCACAUCACAGACCCUAGGCCUCGCCAAAACCUACAGCCUCACUCUCCUGACCGCCUGCGCCCAAGCCGACGCCGACUCCUCCAGCGCCACAACAACCUGCUCCAAGCCGCGCAUCGGCUACAACUUCAACCCCGGCUCGGACCUAAAACUCGACAGCACCGCCGCCGCCUCCAGCACCCUCCCGUCCACCUACCGCGCACAGCUGCAAACCCACCGCCUCGUCUCCACCUUCCUCGGCAUCGCCUACGCCAUCUCGAUCCCGCUGACGCUCCUCUCCUGCCUGUGCAUCCUCCUCACGCGCUGCUUCCCGCGCGUCGUGGCGGUCGGCCGAGUCGCGUCCGGACUCGUGAGCGCCGUCCUGCUCGCCGCCGCCAUCGCGUCCGUCGUGGCCUUCGUGCGACUCCGGGACACCUUCAACGGCGCCCUGGGCGACAUAGGCGUCGAGACCGCGGCCGGAUCGCGGGCUUUCGGACUCGGGUUCGGGGCGGCUGGGCUCUCGUUCGCGGCUUUUCUGGGGUUGCUUGUGCAGGCGCGGUCUAGGGGUAGCCGGCGGUCGGCCGCGUUCGCGGGUGACGGUAAGGGCGGCACUGCGGGCUUCAUCACUGGUGAACAGCAUCCGCAGCACCAGCAGCGGGCCAUGCCGGUCGCUGCCGCCGCCGCCGCCGGCUUCCUGAAGCGGAUGGGCCGACCCAAGUACACGCAAGUAGAAAAGCGGACGGCCACGCACGGCCGUGCGGCUUCGCCCGACGAGGACAGGGAGGGCCUGAUCGGGGCGGGGGAGGAUGACUUCGCCCAUGCCCAUGUUAAUGAUUUCGCCAUGCGGGACAUGGAACAGAAGCGCUCGAGGGGCGUGAAUGACCCCUAUGAUUUGGUGAACACGGCGUACGAGCCGGCGGUGUUUUGA